UUCAUUGAUCGUCAUUCUACCCGUUGACGGCGAUCACAUAACAUUCAACUAGAGAGAUUGUAUCAUGUUAAUUUAAUACUUCAAAAUGUAACUGUAUGUAUAUGUAUAUUUUAGUGAAUGUGCUAUAAAAAAUAAUGGUAAUAAUGUAACUAAGAAACGUAAUAGUAUAUUGAGACUAUCUCCUGACAAAAUGAGAUUAAGAUUGUUAGUUUUAUUACUGUUCUGCAUUGCAGCGGUUCAACCUUUAUAUAGAAUUGGAGUCGGCAUUGCUGAUAUUACUGGACCACCUACCGACGUCACAUUUAUGGGUUAUGGAAAAUUAGAUGAGAUAGGAAUGGGAAUACAUCUACGACAGUUUUCUAGGGCUUUUGUGAUUGAAGAUGGAAUUUCUAGAAUUGCUUUUGUCAGUGUGGAUACAUCAAUGGUUGGUGACAAUGUUAAAAUGGAGGUAUUAAAGAAACUUAAAGGAAAGUUACCGGUUUUGUAUGAUGAAGACAAUUUAAUGAUUUCGUCUACACAUACACAUUCAACACCAGGUGGUCAUAUGUUGUACACACUUUUUGAUCUCAGCACUUUUGGUUACGUACCAAUUACAUUUUUAUCAUUAGUAAAAGGCGUUGCUUUGAGUAUUAUGAGGGCUCAUGAUAAAAUGGAAUACGGUCGAAUGUUUUUAAGUAGAGGUGAACUUCUUGGUGUAUCAAUUAAUAGAAGUCCACAAUCAUAUUUAUUAAAUCCAGAAAACGAACGUGCAGAGUAUGAGUAUGAUGUUGAUAAGACUAUGGUACAAGUUAAAUUUGAAAAUGAGUUCGGCACACCUAUGGGAGUUAUUAAUUGGUAUGCUGUACAUGCCACUAGCAUGAAUAACACGAACAAAUUAGUAUCAUCGGAUAAUCUAGGGUACGCUUCUGUGAUGUUUGAGCAGAAAAUGAAUCCAGAUAAUUUAAUAGGAAAAGGUCACUUUGUUGCUGCUUUUGCUUCAGCAAAUGAAGGCGAUUCUUCGCCCAAUAUAAAAGGUCCUAGAUGUCAAAUAACUGGAAAUCCUUGUGAUAUACCUGGGCCAUCUUGUGAGUCAGACGAACAAUGUGUUGCAUCGGGACCUGGUAAAGAUAUGAAAGAAAGUACUAAAAUUAUAGCUGAACGUUUAUUUGAAAAAGCUUUUGAAUUGAUGAAAAACAAACCUGAGAUUGAAAUAACGGGACCAAUUAAAUCAAUUCAUCAAUACGUUGAUAUGACAAAAGAAGAAGUUGAGUAUACUGACCUGAAUACAGGAGAACUCAUACAAGGUAGAGGUUGUAAACCAGCUUUAGGUCAUACAUUUUCGGCAGGUACAACUGAUGGACCAGGAUUGUUUUCUUUUGAUGCUGGUUCAAAUAGUUCAAACAACCCGCUUUGGAAUUUAGUCACUAAUGUAAUACCUAAUCCAAGUAAAGAACAAAUCCAGUGCCAUACUAAAAAAUCAAUAUUGUUAUCAACGGGAGAGUUUAAUUACCCCAACCCAUGGUCUCCAAAUAUAGUAUCAACUCAAUUGGCCAUGAUUGGACCAUUGAUUAUAAUUUGCGUUCCUGGUGAAUUCACAACUAUGUCUGGAAGACGACUAAGGAAAGUGGUUGCUAAAGAGAUGUGUAAUGGACGUGUAUUGUGUAUACCAGUUAUAGCUGGUCUAUGUAAUACCUAUAGUGAUUAUAUUACUACUCCAGAAGAAUACGAGUUACAACGGUAUGAAGGAGCAUCCACAUUAUAUGGUCCUUAUACACUGCCCAUUUAUUUGAAGCAGUACGCAAAACUUGCCUAUGCAAUUUCAAAAAAUAUUACAUUAGAUCGUGGGCCUGAAAUACCAAAUUUUACGUCAAAAACGUUGUCAUUAAUAAGACCAGUUUUAUAUGAUAUUCCAUUAUCUGGACAUAGUUUUGGUGAUUGUACACUACAACCAACAUCUAUUGCUACUUGGGGCGAUACUGUAAUAGCCAAAUUUGUUGCUGGUAACCCUAGAAACAAUCCAAUGUUGGAAAUGACCUUUUUGACUAUUGAGCGAUUAGAAUCAGAUUCAAUGUGGAAAAUAAUUGCGACAGAUGCUAAUUGGGAAACAGAGUUUAUUUGGAGAAAAAAAUCAUUCUUUUGGUUAACAAGUGAGGCUGAAAUUAAAUGGACAAUACCAAAAAAUACAAAACCAGGUGUAUACAGAAUACGUCAUUUUGGAUAUUUUAAACAUUUUGGUAGACGCACAUUAGGAAGAUAUUAUGGAACUUCGCAGACAUUUAGUGUAAUUGAUAAAUGAAUCUUUGUUUCUAUAUUGGUGUUCAAUUUCAUUUAAACCUGAAAGGUUUUAAAUAUAGAAGUUUUCCUUUCUGAAAUUAAAUUUUCAACUUGAUUA